GAACAUGGCACUCGCAAGAGGGUCAGUACGUAUCUUACGUCCGCCGACACUCCCUUCCCCAACAGUCAGAGAUGGUGGGUGGUACGAUAUACGUAAUAGAGAUCUGAGAAUCCGAGGAUGCUGUCUCGUUAGUGGCGAUUGGGUUUCCCGAAUCACGAACAAUGUCACGAGAUUCACGAUACGCGUAACAAGCCGAUUCGAUUCAUUUAUGCAGUUGAACCAAUUGGAUCCAAAACUGGAUUUGGUCAAAGACAUUUAUUGA